AUGGGAACUGUGGUUGGAACUGUUGAGGACUGCAGAGAGAUGUUUGAUGUCAGUGUUCAGACAAUGAUCACAUCUUUUCCCUCAACAAAUCAGAUUGGGAAUCCUGUUGCUUAUAAGCUUGUCAGGGUUGCAGGAGAUGGGAGACUAGUGCCUGCAACAGAUGAAGAAAUUUUGGAGGUGAAUGAGACCGAUAUGCAUUCUGUAUCAGAUGCUUGUAAGAGUCUAGGCUAUCUUCCAGCCGAAGGUUCACCUUCUUUGUUCUCCCAACUAGAAGAAACCUCUGAAGUUAUCAAUUUAGGUUUAUUGAGGUCUGACAAUGUGGAACCAUCUACAGACCAGGUGAAUUCUCAACCUGAGUAUAGCGAGGAUGAGAGGCUUGUCAUGGUACAUGCAUCUCACAUGCUUUCUACUCCUCCAGAUUCCAACAUCCAGUGUUGUAAUGAAAACAACAUGUUUGACGAGGAUCAAGCCCACCAUGAGCCCCUUCCUUUUUCAUCAGAUGUUCAGAAUGGAUGCGAUGUGAAUCAAUCUAAUACUGUUGAACCAUCUAGUCCAAAAGAAAGUGCAUUUCCUGCUGCUGCUCAAAAACCUGAUUUUUCUUUAGUUAGAGGUGAGAUAUGCUUGGAUAAUCUGCCUAUUAAAGCACUGCAAGAAACAUUCAGGGCGACGUUUGGCCGUGAGACGACUGUUAAGGACAAGACGUGGCUGAAAAGGAGGAUUACAAUGGGACUUACUAAGUCCCUUGAUGUGCCAACGACUAACCUGACAAUUAAAGAUAACAAGCUAGUUGGAAAUCAAGACAAGUCCAGUGAUGUGGCUGAUGUCGUUAGCAAGGGUGAUGAUGUAACAGCUACUAACCUGAAAGAUGCACCAUCUAGUAGUGCUGAAGAUUUUUCAUGUGAAGAGAGGGCGGCAAAAAGAGUUAGGAAACCUACACGAAGAUACAUUGAAGAACUUUCAGAAACAGAUGAAAAACAGAUAAAUGACAAGUCAGUGUUUCCUUCAAGAGACCAGAGGCUAUCUGAAAAAUCUGAGGUUAGGUCUAUGAGCGUCUCCUCAGGGAAGAGAGUUACCGUCACCAGGGUGGUGCCCCUUGGUGGAUCUGAGGUUGAGGUUCCUUAUGUUUCUCAUGUCCGGAGAAGCCGUCCAAGAGAGAACAUUAUGGCUCUUAUGGAUUGUCAUACCAGUUGCUUGGAAGCAAAAGCUACUGCAGGAGAGAGUAACCUGUUGAACAGUGAGGUUGUGAGCCCAGGUUCAGUGCUCAAGUCAGCUUCUGGACCAAUCCAGAAAGAAGGAAGUCACAAUAACAGCGAGGAGAAUAUUCUCACUGGGGUUGAUGAAGACAUGGAGACAGAUCACGUAGACUCAUCUGGAAACAGCUCGGAUGACUACAAUAACACUGGUGCGCCAAUGAUGCAAGGUGUUGGACUUAGAAGGAAGCAUCAUAGAGCUUGGACUCUCUCUGAGGUUACAAAAUUAGUAGAAGGUGUAUCCAAGUAUGGAGCUGGGAAGUGGUCCGAGAUCAAGAAGCUUUCCUUCUCAUCUUAUCCACACCGUACCUCUGUAGAUCUCAAGGACAAAUGGCGAAAUCUCCUUAGAGCAAGCUUUGCUCAGAGUCCCUCAAACAGCAUGGGAAGUCUCAAGAAACAUGGGUCCAUGCACAUUCCUGUGGAGAUUAUAUUGCAGGUGAGGGAGCUCGCGGAGAAGCAAUCAUUGGUCCCACCGAGUCAGCGUUAA